GAGGUCCGCUCAGCCAGAGCGGAGCAGACGAGAAACCAUGGAGCGCAACAAGACGCGUCGGAGAGACUCAGCAAGCGGACGGGAAAAGUGCCAGCCUCGGAGCCUUUUCUAGGUCUCUUUCGGCGUCAGCAGGCAGAUUUGGGGACGUCAGUGGGUGGACUCUGACUUCUGUGCAGGCGUGCGUAAAAGUGACUGGAGAGGUGCCGGUAGAGAAAAACAGUCUUGGAGUCACCGUCAGCUACCAACGGAUAAGGAACGGUCGAGGAGAAGUGAUCAUAAGGAAUCUGGAGUAGAGAGAGUAUAUAGUGACGCUGUGUUUUGUGUUUUCAAUCAUGUUUGAGGAAAAGACACGGGGGUGCGCUGCGUAAAGUCACAGAUUUGUGUCCCAUGUCGGUACAAGGAGCGGCUACUUUCCUUUAAGGAAUCUGCGAAUCUGCGAGAGUUCUGCCAAGAAACAAGCUCUGAACUUAUAGUGAGAACGAGUCUGUGAAAACUCCAGAACCAUGGUGAAGUUUCAGAACUCAGACCUGUGGAUAGCCUGGAUGGUUAUCUUCUGCAUGGAGGGUUCGCGGUUUGAUCUGCACACAGGAAAAGUGUGUGUCCGGGCCCUGGAAGUGACUGUGUCCCAGAGCAGCAUCCAGGUGGCUCGGGGCCAGACGGCCAUCCUGCCCUGCUCCUUUACCACCAGCGCUGCCCUCACCAACCUCAACAUAAUCUGGAUGGUGAUCCCGCUGUCCAACGCUAACCUGCCAGAACAGUCGAAGCAGGUGAUAAUUUACCAGAACGGCCAGGUGUUCACCCUACCCAACCACCUCAAGGGUCGUGUGGGCUUUGUGGCCACCAUGCCAAGCACAAGUGCCUCCAUCUUCAUCAACAACACCCAGUUGUCUGACACUGGGACGUACCAGUGCCUGGUGAACAACUUUCCCGACGGAGGGGGACGUAACAUCGGAGUCAUUGGGCUCACGGUGUUGGUGCCCCCCUCAGUGCCAGCAUGUCGAAUCCAGGGAACGCUGGAUGUAGGCAGCGACAUCAUGCUGUUCUGCAGUUCAGAGGAAGGCAUUCCCACGCCGUCUUACUCCUGGGAGAAGCUUGACGCGCUGCCCAAGCUACCAUACAACGCCAUGCAAGACCAGAUGCAGGGCACCGUCACCUUGAGAAAUAUCAGCACAAGCACCUCAGGGUUUUACCAGUGCACUUCCAGCAAUGCCAUUGGCAAGAGCACAUGUGUGCUAAAUCUGGAGGUUGUGGCACCCCAGCCGCAGAGUGUAGGUCUGAUUGCAGGAACCAUCGCUACAGGAAUCCUUGCUGUCAUCAUCUGUUCACUGCUAGUUGUGGUCACACUGUUUUACUGGAAGAACAAGAACAGAUAUGAGGAAGAGGAGAUUCCUAAUGAGAUCAGAGAAGAUGACUUACCUCCUAAGCGGUCAUCGUCAGUAAAGGCUUUCCAUGCAGAUGCCUCUUCCUCAGAGAACGACACACUGACUUCUACAAACACGUACAACAGUCGCUACUGGCACAACCCUAAAACCAACUACGACACCAACUCCUACACGCGCUACAACGGAGACACUCGUCAGACCUUUACAGCUGCUCCGACUGCGACUGCACAUGGACCUCACGGAGCCCACAGUCACGGACAACCUCAAAACGCUACACAGGUCCGUGAAACAGCGGUCACAGCUCCAGGCUCCACCCCUCUGUCCCGCCACCCACCGCCCACCACGGCAACAACCACAACGACAUGUUUUGCCAAUGGCGGCCACAUGCUCUCGCCACCCAAGACUCUGGUAGUCACAACAAACUCUGCCCCAUCCCCACCCGCCAUGGUGCGCAGCAACGGCACCGUGAGCCUCAAACCAGCGGUGACAUCCGCACACGGGCACCACACGCACUCUUAUGCUGUUAGCCAGGCGACGCUGGAGCGGAUGGGGGCAGUGCCGGUCAUGGUGCCCGCCCAAAGCAGAGCAGGUUCACUUGUUUGAAAACCUGAUUUGUGACUCUGCUAACGAGACUAAAAGAGUGUUUGGUUGGAAUAGUUGAGAUGUGAUAAGAAAAACUGACUGAAUAUGGGCUGAAGCAGUCCACAACCCUUUACAGUUGUGUCUUUCAGUAAAGACUUUUUUUUAACCACAAACUAAAAUAAAAUAAAAUAAAAUAAAAUUAAAAAAAAAAAGCUUGGGUUUUACAGUGCAGAGUUUAAUUGAUGCCAAUUAUUUGAUGGACAUAAUGCUAUUUUUUCAGUUCCUUUUUGUUUGUGCUAUUUUUAUGGAUUUUCUGCUGGUGAAAACAGUGGGAUUGAUUCCCCCCCACAAACCCCUGGAUGAUUUCACAAGGCUGGAGUUCAAAAUCCUGAAAAUCACAGAAUUCUGGAUCUUCUUCAGGGCUGGAUUAUUGUUAUGAUUGUGUAUUUUGUUUUGUUUUGGGUUUUGUUAUUGACCCAAACCAUUUUGACAUUUUUUUGUUUUUGUUUUUAGUGUGUCAGUUUGCAUGGUCAAGCAGAAGUAAGCUUUGAAUCCCACAGUAUAAUGCAUGUGUCCUUUAAGUUAAUCAGCUUUAUUUCCCAUUAUUUCUUCACUCUUUUAAGUUUUGAUUAACAUCACCGAUAAAAGUGGCAACAAAAGUGAAUGUUGAAAGAAAUUAUUUAGAGUUCCCAAAAGCAUAAAAAAGUGUAAAGAAUGAAAUGAUAGUUGAAAUGGCCUUAGGAGCUUGGAGUGGAAUGGUCAGGGGUAUUUGGUGCAAUAAACUACAUAGUGUAUGUCAGUGAAUGCAAACGUAACUAUUUUAACGCACUUUUAGAACAAAAUAAUAUCAAGAGCUUUGUCUUAUGGAAACAGUUUUAUUCAUUAUAUGCUUUAUAAUCAAAAAUGCACCCAAUCCUCUCUUUCAAACUCUAACUAUGAUUUCAAGUUGAUUAACAUGCUGGGUUACCAAACAAAAAAGAGACACCAGCUCCUGAUCUAAACUCUGACUUGCUGCUCAACAUAGUGCUUGCUGUCACCAUUCUUAGCUGUAGUGUCUCUGACUCACACCAUGUCAGUGCUGCUUUAAGAUGGAAAAAAGAUGUCUUAUUUCAUACAUGCUUCAUAACGAAGCCAGAGAAUUUUAUACAGUAUUUUUGUUCUCAACUAAAGCUCACGUUUAAUGUUUUUUAACUGUACAUAUUAAAACAGUAGGCUAGAUUGUGAAUGAAAAAAAACAUUUUGUCUCCACAUACACGUUACAUCUUACUUGUCCUAAUGUUCAAACUGUUCUGUUUUUUCUUUUUUGUUUGUUUUUUUUUUUUUAACUUCAAGUGCAGGCUACCUUUGAUUCUGCCUCAUAGUGUUAUUUCAUACAAAUGUCUAUCUAAUAAAAUGUGUUUCUACAUGAGUGGGCAAAUGUAGAAUGUAUAAACAACGGACACCUUCGGCUGUGUGUGGUAGAGUCGUGUUGCUGACCUUCUGUAAUUGUAUUUGAUCAAAUCUCGCGGGCAGAGUGAGAAGCUGCAGUGUUUCCAGGCCUUUCCAAAUCUGAUAGUUCUCAUUUCUUUUUCUGCACAUAAUUUACCCUGGCCGUGAACCGUAUUUUGCAAAGUAAACAGCUUCAUAACUUA